AUGCACCCCGAAAUGAUACGCGCAGCUCUCUGGCUUUGUCUGGCCACCAGAGUAUUCUCGACAACGAUUGCAGAGACAAGUAAUGAAGUCACUAAUCUUCCACCCACAGCUACGCUCUCUGCUAGUACCAAAAAUGGCGCCGACACCAUCUUCGUUGGCCGCAAGCUCUCGGAAUUCGACCAAGACCUUUUCCUCGGCAUCAAAUAUGCAGACGAACCAGUCCGGUUCACGCCAGCCAAGCAGAAAAAGAAGUACACAGCUAGCGAUAGUGACUCCGGCACAUAUGACCUUUCUGUCGGAAACCUUACUUCCUCGUCCCAUUCCGUUUACUAUAAUGCGACUGAAUACGGAUACGACUGUCCUGGCUAUGGAUCCGAUACCACGAACCUGGUCAAAUUGGGCCUGAUCAAGUUGAAUGAGGACUGUUUGAAUCUGAAUAUCAUCCGCCCUCAAACGAAAAGUAAUGAGCUGCUACCCGUCAUGAUAUGGAUCUUUGGUGGAGGUUGGCAGCAAGGAGCUACUGCGGACCCCCGGUACAAUAUGAGCUAUGUUGUUCAGCAGGGGGCAUUGAAUGACAAGCCCGUGUUGGGAGUAUCGAUUAACUACCGUUUAGCAGCAUUUGGCUUCUUGGACUCGGAUGAAGUGAGGGUACACUCGCCCCCGCCCCUGAGACCAUUCGAGAACGAAACUAAAGUUUGUGAGCAGGCCGAGGGCAACACCAAUCUUGCCCUGCGAGAUCAACGUACUGCUAUGCGAUGGCUGAAACAGCAUAUCAAAGCCUUUGGCGGCGACCCUGAUAAAAUUACGAUUUGGGGGGAGUCAGCGGGUGCGUACAGCGUCGGAGCUCACCUGGUAGCCAACCAGGGCAACAAUGAAGGCCUUUUCCGAGCAGCUAUCAUGGAAUCCGGCAACGCUAUAGGGCCCCCAUACAAUGGCACCGAGUGGCACCAACCAAUGUACAACCGUAUUCUCGAAAGGACCGGGUGCACAAACUCCACGAACACCCUUCAAUGCCUGCGCGAGCUCCCAUACGAGACGCUGUAUAACAACGCGUACGAGGGCCUGGAGUGGUUUGCAACGAUCGAUGAUGACUUCAUCACGCAGUACCCGCAGAUCAGUUACAAAGAAGGAAAACUCGCCAAGGUACCCAUUCUGCUGGGGACGAACACAGACGAAGGCACCAGCUUCGGGACCACGGGCACGAAUACAGAUGAGCAAUGCAUCGAGCAAUUGAUAUCUUCUAAACGCUGGGUUCUUACUCGGGACGAGGCGACGCAGCUCCUUUCUUAUUAUCCGGACAUUGCGGCUCUGGGCUGUCCCUAUGGCUGGGGCAAUGUGACCUGGCCGAGUCUGGGGCUCCAGUACAAGCGGUAUGAGUCUAUGGCCGGAGACAUAGCGAUGGUUGCGCCGCGUCGAAUGCUGGCGCAGACCAUGUCCGGUUUCGAGGCCGAGAUAUACUCGUACCGUUGGGAUGUUGCCGCGCUGAAUACUUCGACCACAAUCGGAGUGCAGCAUUUUGCAGAAAUUCCAUUUGUCUUCGCGAACCCUGUGCAGAAUAUCACGGCGCUGGGAUCAGAUCCCGCUCGACUGCAGCUCGGACAGAUGGCGGCUCGCAUGUGGACAUCCUUUGUGACAGAUCUGAACCCGAAUGGACAUGGAGUAUCCCGAAUCCCGGAAUGGCCUCGUUAUUCAACCCACGCAACUAAUUUCGUUUUCCGGCUACCGCGCAAUGAGAGCUAUCUUGAGGCCGAUAAUUAUCGUGUUUCGGGUAUGGCGUAUCUUAAUAGCAUUGCUCGUUAG